UGUAAUAUAAUAACAUAUAAUUUCCUGCGAAAACAUCAUGUCAUCAAAACUCUUCCAUUCAUUAAGUCAACACAAGAUUAAAGUCAUUUAGCUGCAUGAUCGCUGCAUCAUAAGGAUCAGCCAUAUGUUUAUCAAUCUGUUAAUCCGAGCUGCUCCGGCGGGAAAAGCAGAGCAGGCAAACUGUGACGUACAGGAAAAAAAGUUGAUUUGAAAGGCUGUCAAAACUUGUGACACUUUGAGCCACUACGGUCACGGAGUGUGCGUGAUGAGAAACAGACUGAGGGCUGUUUGGGCACAUGUCAGGGUCAAGCAUGCAGGUUGUCUUCUUCAGGAACAUGGGUCAACAGUACUGACUAUAAAAUAAAAUAAGUACUUUCAAUUUUCAAGGUAAUUGGCUAUAUAUUCAUCUCUCACUGUAUUAUUUGUGUCAUACAGUGGGGAUGAGAUGCAACAUUUCAGUCACCUUAGAAACUAGGGUUUUAUUUUGAAAUUUAUAUACGGAAGUACUUUUUAUUUAUUUCCGGCUGACUUUACGAGUUGAACUUGCGCCAUUCUAUAGCUGCACAACUCUUCGUCUUCCAACGUCUCUGUAAUUCCCAACGGCUAAUGAAAGCGGUUUGUUUUUAUCCCAACGAGUUGUUGUUCGUAUGUACCGCUAUUAAAGUUAAUAUUAUCUGAACUGUGAUUAAAACGUCCUCCCCUGGCUUAACCAGUUAGCUUACGUUCGCUAACAUUAAGCUAACUCCUCCAUGGCACCUCUCCGUGUCCUGUGCGUCCACGGUUACCGUCAGAACGGCGGCUCUUUCCGGGAGAAGACGGGAGCUUUGCGGAAGCUGUUGAAGAAACACGCGGAGCUCGUUUACCUGAGCGCGCCGCACUGUGUGCAGGAAGCCGGGGGGGAAGCUCCAGAGAAAGAGAACGGCAACGUGGACCCGAAGGGUUGGUGGUUUUCUGAUGUCCAGGCCCGGAGUUUCAGCGCUCUGCAGCAGUGUGAGGAAAGCCUGGGGCUCGAUGAGAGCGUGAAGGCCGUGCGGGAAGCUGUGCGGAUCCAAGGUCCAUUCGAUGGCAUCCUGGGCUUCAGUCAGGGAGCAGCUUUUGUAGCCAUGUUGUGCUUCCUUCAGGAGCAAAAACUGGAGCCGGAAUUCAGCUUCCGCUUCGCCAUCUUCGUCGCCGGUUUCCGCAGCGCGUGUGAGGAGCACAAACGAUUCUAUAACUCUCCACUUGAGAUCCCCUCCCUGCAUGUGUUUGGACUGGAAGACCGAGUUAUCCCCGACAGCAUGAGCAGGGAGCUCCUCCUCUCCUUCCAAGACCCGCAGGUUUUGACACAUCCUGGUGGCCAUUUCGUCCCUGCCGCAUCGGCUCACAGACAAACCUACCAGGACUUUCUCAACAGGUUCUAGUGAGAUACGAAAGUUGCAAAAACUCGGUCACGUGCUAAAUAAAAAGAGCCGUGAUGCCUUCUCAAGCACUCGAAUAAGACAAAAGAAUGUUGACUAUCAACCAAACAAUCUCAUGAUGCUAUACUUGAUUACUCAGAAGCCCUUUGGCCAUAAAUGCCGACUUCAUGUCUGAGUAAUGCCCUCUGUUCCCGCCAAAGCCAUUUUUUUCUCCAUCUGAUCUUAUUUAUCCCAAACCGUGAAAUGACUGCUGUCCUUCUCAGGGAAGAUGCCUUAUAACAGACAAUAAAAUUAAGUGAUGAUUGUUUAUUGAA